AUGGCCUCCACUUCCACUCCGCUCCACAUCAUUGACGAUGACGAUGAAUUUGACUGGGAAGCAGCUGUGAGAGAAAUUGAUAUGGCGUGCCAGAAUACCGCUAAUGUCACUAGCACUAGCAAAUGCACUUCAACUUAUAAUUCAGAUUUUAAAUUUAAUUCAAAUAUUAGUUUAAUCCCAGUUCAAGAAAUUUCUAGAAACGGAAAACCCAGCUUGAAGUUUGGUUCUUCUUCGGCAGCUAGGCAAUCUACGUUAGAUAAGUUUGUUGUGAUUCCAUCGAACAACUCAAGUAAAUUGGAGUUUACAGAUGGGUUUCGUGGAAAUAACAGUAAUUCAAAUAACAAUGGCGAUGAAAUUAAGGGUGUUACUGAGUGUUAUGAUAUCGAGAUGCUCAACGGAUGCGUUCAGAUAGAUCCUGAGGCUGCCAAGACUUGGAUUUACCCAGUAAAUAUCCCCCGUCGUGAUUAUCAGUUCUCAAUCACCCGGACUGCUCUAUUCUCCAACACUUUAGUUGUACUGCCAACAGGACUUGGGAAGACUCUUAUUGCUGCAGUGGUCAUGUAUAAUUAUUUCAGGUGGUUUCCAGAAGGAAAAAUUGUCUUUGCAGCUCCUUCUCGGCCACUUGUCAUGCAGCAAAUAGAAGCUUGUCAUAAAAUUGUAGGAAUACCGCAAGAGUGGACCAUUGAUCUGACAGGUCAAACGAGUCCUACAAGAAGAGCGAGUUUAUGGAAAGACAAACGAGUUUUCUUUGUUACUCCACAAGUGCUGGAGAAGGAUAUACAUUCUGGUUCAUGUUUGGUGAAGCAUCUGGUUUGCUUAGUGAUUGAUGAGGCUCAUCGUGCAAUGGGAAAUUAUGCUUAUUGUGUAGUAGUGCGGAAGUUGAUGGAUAUUUCUCUGCAACUAAGAAUAUUAGCAUUGACUGCAACACCAGGAUCUAAACAUCAGACGAUCCAGAAUAUAAUUGAUAACCUUCAAAUAUCCACACUUGAAUAUCGAAAUGAAAAUGAUCCGGAUGUACUCCCGUAUGUGCACGAGAGAAAGAUUGAACUGAUGGAGGUCCCUAUGGGAAAAGAAGCUGCUGAAAUAUAUAAUUUGCUUGGGGAAGUUGCGCGUCCAUUUGCUGCACGGCUUUCUACUUUUGGAUUGCUUCAGAAGAGAGACUUCCGGACGUUAAGCCCAUGUGAUUUACUUAAUUCAAGGGAUAAAUUUCGCCAAGAACCGCCUCCAGAACUGCCUCAAACAAAAUUUGGAGAAAUGGAGGGCUGUUUUGGAGUUCUUAUAACACUUUACCAUAUAAGGAAGUUGCUCUCUAGCCAUGGAAUAAAGCCUGCUUUCGAGAUGCUUGAAGACAAGAUGAAACAAGGGUAUUUUGCAAAAGUAGUUAGUAAAAAUGAAUUUCUUUCGAAAGCCAAAGUGUUGAUGCAUCAAACUGUAUCCCAUGGUGCCCCUAGCCCCAAAUUAGCAAAGAUGCUUGAAGUAUUGAUAGAUCAUUUCAAGGUGAAAAAUCCAGGAAACUCACGGGUCAUUAUAUUUUCAAAUUUUAGGGGAAGUGUCAGGGACAUUAUGAAUGCAUUGACAAACAUCAGGGAGAUUGUAAAAGCUACUGAAUUCAUUGGUCAGAGCUCAGUUAUUGAUAUCUGCAGGCAAAACAUUGAAGGGACAAUCACAAAAAGUUCAACAGGCUGUAUUAGAGGUGGUUACAAUGUAAUUGUUGCGACGUCAAUUGGCGAAGAAGGUUUAGAUAUCAUGGAAGUUGAUCUUGUGAUAUGUUUUGAUGCUAAUGUCUCUCCUUUGAGAAUGAUUCAGCGGAUGGGGAGGACUGGAAGGAAGCACGAAGGACGGUCAGAAUUGAAGGGUUACAUGCGAAAGCAGGUGAACAGCAAGGCCAUUAAGAAACAUAUGAGCAAUGGUGGAAUGAAUAGCUUUAAUUUCCAUUCUAGUCCAAGGAUGGUUCCCCAUAUUUUCAAGCCCGAAGUUCAACUGGUUGAGAUUUCAGUCGAACAAUUUGUUCCUCGCACAAAGAAAGUGAAAGAUGAUCACCUUAUUCAGACACCUGCAUAUAAAACCAAAUUAACGGAUGAAGAGACAAACAUUCUUGACAAGUACUUUUGCUCUACCAGAGAGAAAGAUUGGAGACCAUCACUAAUUGCCUUCCCUCAUUUCCAGGCAUUUCCCUGCAGUGUGUGCAGUGUGGCACAUUCAUCUAUGACGGGGAUACUUAUAGAUACAAUGCAAAAUCUGCAGGGAUUAUCAUUUUCCACAGACUGCAAAACUUCAAUGACUGAGGAUGAAGACUUUUCAAAGCCCUGUUUCAGAUUAGAAGCUGAGGAACUGUAUGACAAAAACACUAAAGAGAAUCCUGGCUAUUCUGCUGAAGAGGAGUUGAAAACAGAAUUACCAGAAACUGAUGCAGAACUUGUGGAUAUUUCAAGAACCAAAGAUAUAUCUAUGCAGGAUAUCCAUGGAAAGAACUCUGUUGCCCAUUCUUUCCUGUUUGAUUCAGAAUUUGUCUCUGUUGAUGAUCUUGGACGGGUCCUGGUUUUAUCUCUGUCACAACUUCCUCUGAUAUCUCAUUCCAAGUCUACAAUUGGUGGCAAAAUGGAAUUUGUAAGCAAUCUGAUGCAAGAUUCUUCUGGCUUUGAGGCUUCAACUAAAGAUUUUAAAGAAAAAACCGUGCUAGCUAAAGGUAUUUCCAUACCACAGACAGGAUUAACAGAAGCUGAGAAUUCUUUGCCAUCUAGCAGAAAGUCAAAUGAAAAGGAUAGCUAUGAUAAAGAUCCUAAAGUGGAGCGUAAUAGAGUAUCAAUGGACUUAGAUGAUGAAGAGAACAACGAUUUGAGGGAUUCUGAGCUCAGUCCACGACUAACUAAUUUUAUCAAGAGCGGGGUUGUUCCGGAGUCUCCUAUAAGUGAUUCCAGGAUAUCAAAGGGUAAAGGAGUUGGCUUCAUGAUUCCGGAUUUUGUCUCGUCCCCAAACAUGCGUUCUGUUUUUUUAAUGAAGUCUCCACAAAAGGUGGAUGGUGAUGGCAAUGUGAAUCAAAUGGAAGUCCUGACCUCACCUCACAGUGAACUUGGAACAUCACCACUACAUUUGAAAAACCACACACCAAAAUCAUGCCAAUCGCCAUUUCCCGUGGUCAAAGAAACCCAAACUCCUAUUGCAAAACUGUCGAACACAAGCAGUAGUAAAGACUGGGCUCUAAGUUCUGAAGGCAAGUGUGAAAGUGUUGAGCAGCCAUGUAAGUUUAGAAGGUUACGCAAACAUGGAGAUCUCCAUCAGAAAAUGCCUUCAGAACGCAAGGAACAGAGUGGACUUAUUGAGAGACUGAAAAAUUCUUCUGUCAAUGACGGUCAUGCUGCAGUUAAGCAUGUCAGAGGUCAGAAAAGGCUAGCAAAAGGCGCAACAGUCUAUAUUGAAGAGGAAGCUGAGGUAUCUUCAGAAGUUAUGGCAUCUGAAGAUGAGGAAGAUGAGGCUAACAGUACAUAUGAUGAUAGUUUCAUAGAUGACUGCGUAAAUUCUACAGCUGCAAGUACUGAAGUUGAAGUGGGCAGAAUCGACAUGAUGGCAAUUUACAGGCGAUCCUUACUCAGUCAAUCACCCAUGGAGAGAUUGCCCAACUCGUCGACUUAUAUUAGUCCUGAUUCCACAGUUCCAAGUAUUAGGACAGACAAAAGUGCCAGCUUGAUAGGAACACAAAAUCAUUCUCUUCAAACUAGGUUAGAUACUACUGAAAAUGAGAACAUGGCAGAGAAUCAGAAAAGGAAAUUGAGCUUUGACCGAGCUCAAUCGAUACCAAUGGUCAACUUAGAUAAUGAGUUCUUGUUACAUUCUGAAGCUGCACAAAAUAAUUCACCCUCACGUGCAAGAACGGAAGAAAAAACUGAAGAAAACCUAGAUAUAUUUGAAGACGAUCGAUUUUUUGAAGAUAUCGAUCUUGAUGCACUUGAGGAACAAGCUACCAAACAACUCAGACACAAAUCAGAGUGCUCCAUGCAGAAUCAAGUGAGGACUGAACCUAUGGCUCAGAAUCUCGAUAUUCCGGGCUUUCCGUCAUUUGAUCUUGGAAUUUGA